CCAAGUGAGUGGCCGUAGCAGAUUGAGAGGGUCACAGUGUGGUCGUACUAAUAUCCCUGGAUCAGGUUUUGACGAGGACACACGCCAGGACUCGUAUGGCGAACCGUUUAGCCCUGAACCAUAUCAUCACACUGCUCUGCCUCCACAGCCGGUUGAACAGCAAUACUACCCUAAUACCAAUUAUUUCCCACCACCUCCGGGGUCCGCUCCUCGACCAGCUGGAAGCACAGCCCCGUACAACCCGGCUGAUUAUCCUCCUCCACCCGGCGCGGUUCCACCUUCGCAGCCAUAUGGCUAUCCUCCCCCUCCAGGACCCGAGUCAUUCGUGUCUCGCCCCCGCAGGGCAGAUGAGAAUGGACGAACGCCAAUGCAUCAGGAGGAAUUCUAACUCUAAAACUCUAGGUUUAAAUAUCCAGUCUCCGUCGAGGGCACCCCGUGCGAAGAAACGAAGAUCACGCGCUGCGAGUCAGUCGCCUCAGUCUAAGUCAGUUGCUUUUGAUCUCAGUUCAGAAGAUGGUCAACAACUGGACCCGGGCUAUGAAACUGACGAUAGCGAUUCGACGAUUGGUUCGAUAAGCGGGGUUCGUCGCCACGGGCACCGUCAGCACCAUUCUUCCAGAACGGAAUCAGAGAUUCAACACAUGGCAACCGAAAAGAAACCGAGAUCGAAUACUUCUGGAAAAGAGAUAGAAUCAGAUUCGGACUCGACAAUUGACCUACCUGAUCGUUUCGACUCACAAGGCCGACUUCUGCCCCAGCGCGAAGGCGAUAUGUUCGCCGACGGGCUCGACAGCCUCUUGAGGGGAUUUAAUAAAGUUUUUGUCUAGCUGAUUGGUUUAUCAUACUGUUGUGGAUUUGGUGAUUAUGUGCUUUUUAGGGCUUUGGCUUGACGUGAUGACCUUACGAUUCAUGAAAGUUCUUGAUAUAUGACAUGGAAAAUUUUGGGACGAUAUGAUGUGAUGAUAUUGAUCAUGGAUUUAACGAUUUUGCUUAGAAAUCAGAUGUUCUUCUCGACUAAAUAGUACUAUGGUAUCUAACCAAUGCUCAAUCAAGACUUUUGCGAAUAUGGAU